CCCUCGUGGGCUGAAAUCGCAACGGGGAAGAGGGAAGUGAUGGAGACACAACCCCCUACCCGCCCCAGGGAUACCAGGGACCGCCUCACCCACCGCCGCCGUCCCUCCCUACCCCCACGGCCCCUGCUCGCUGCAGGGGGCGGAGCUCUCCCGCCGCCAUCUUACGUGCGUUCGCUUCUCUGCCUCUCUCUGUCGGUGUGUGCGUCCGUGGCUGGCGGCCCGCUCGUCACCUUCUCAUCGCCGCGCAGAGCUGAGGAGCGAGGGGGAAGGCAGGCGGAGCAGGAGUUUUUGUCACUGUGGCAUACAUUCAGAGAGCACAAUGUCCAACGUGCCAGUGGCUGUGGUGACCGGGUCCAACAAAGGGAUUGGAUUUGCAAUUGUGCGAGCUCUAUGCAAGCAGUUCCCAGGGGAUGUCUACCUGACAGCCCGAGACCCAGGCCGUGGCCAGGAGGCAGUGGCAAAGCUUCAGGAGGAAGGGCUGCACGCCUUCUUCCAUCAGCUGGACAUCGAUGAUCUGCAGAGCAUCCGAACUCUCCGGGACUUCCUCAAGGAGAAAUAUGGAGGACUGAAUGUGCUGGUUAACAAUGCAGGAAUUGCUUUCAAAGUUCAUGACACAACUCCAUUUGCAGUCCAAGCAGAGGUUACACUGAAGACAAACUUUUUUGGAACCAGAAAUGUUUGCACAGAGUUGUUGCCUCUUGUGAAGCCUUAUGGUAGAGUGGUGAAUGUCUCUAGUAUGGUGAGUAGCUCAGCUCUAGGUGGCUGCAGCCGAGAUCUACAGCAAAAGUUUCGCAGCGACACAAUCACUGAAGAUGAGUUAGUGGAACUCAUGACCAAGUUUGUGGAAGAUACCAAGAAAAGUGUGCAUGAGAAAGAGGGAUGGCCAAAUACUGCCUAUGGGGUGUCCAAAAUUGGUGUCACAGUCUUGUCCAGGAUUCAAGCCCGGAUGUUGAAUGAGAAUAGAAAGGGUGACCACAUCCUUCUCAAUGCCUGCUGUCCUGGAUGGGUGAGAACAGACAUGGCAGGUCCUCAGGCCACUAAAUCACCAGAUGAAGGGGCUGAGACCCCGGUUUAUUUGGCCCUUUUGCCUUCUGAUGCUGAUGGUCCUCAUGGCCAGUUUGUUAGUAACAAAACAGUUCGAACCUGGUGAGCUGAUGUAUAUGGGCCCAUGCAAGUGGUAAUAGACUGUGGGUCAGCCUGUGUCCUGGUGGGGAGCAAUCACCCAGAGCACUCUCAUGCUACCCACAGCAACAGCAGGGUCCUUUUUCAUACAGUGGGGGUUACAGUUAUGGUGCUUUUCUGGGAUUAAAUCUACACUUACCCAAUAGUCUCCAUUAUCCUGCUCACAGCAUUGACUGUGCAGCCUGAAAUCUGAUUUGUUAGUGUUCCAGCCCAGAUGAUGCAGGCUAAUUCAGUGUUGCUGUAUUUUAAAGGUAUGUACCCUUGUUUACU